CAAUUAGCAGCUCCCUGACUGGUGCGAUCACUUUUGCUUCAUGGUGAUUUUGGUGGCAUUUUAAUUACUCCCUUUUAGAGUGUGCAUGAAAUUCUGAACAACCAGCCAUCGACAGAAAAAACAUCGAUAGUAUUACAAGGAAUAUCGCACAUUGCUCUACACUAGCUGUUGUCGAAAUAAAAAAGAAUUUCUUAAAAACUACAACACAUUUAAAAUAUCAAAUUUUUUGCGCCAACUCUUGAUGAAAUUUAAGAUAAUCAACGGUUAUGAGUCACGAGGAAAGUGAUGACAGUUGGGAGCAAGUGGCGGAUACCGAUGACGACGCCACCGCCGAUGCCGAUGCCGACGACGACGCCACCGCCGAUGCCGAAGCCUAUUCGGAGGAAAGUCAGGAGUCCCUUCAGCCCGUUGUGCGACGCCAGAACUGGCAAAGAUUUAUCGCACAGUACCCCGAACUAGCGACGGUUGGCGGGCUGCCAGUGCAACUGCAACAACUCGAAUUACUUAUGGAUCCAGGACUGUCAGCAUUGGCUGUCCUGGCGCCGUUGGAGCGUCGCGAGGCUGAUGAUGAGACUGAUGCGCAGCAAGCGGCUGCAGCAGACGAUGCUGCAAAUGAUGUGGAAGUUCUUGAGGCAGAACUGAACGCCCUGGAGGAGGAUGCGGAGCCACAGCCGCAACCUGCCAGUCCGCCGACCAACUCGCAAAGAGCCCCAGGACAGGGAGAUAUCAUAAAUCUAGAAACACCAUCGCCGCCAAAGAAACGCAAGCGUCUAUGCGCUGCAGGCAAAAGCCUAACGAAGACGCCCGAGCCGACAAAGGCUCCUGCGCCACCACAAGUGGACGAAGACGAUGGUCUCACGUGCCCCAUUUGCCUGGACUCGUGGGAGAUGAGCGGAGAACAUAGACUGGUCUCUUUACGCUGCGGCCAUCUGUUUGGAGAGGAAUGCAUCCGCCGCUGGCUGGCCGAAAGCCAGAGACAGUCGUCCGUGAAGGUGUGCCCCCAGUGCAAGUCAAAGGCCACAUACAGGGACAUCCGCCACCUGUAUGCCAAGCGCAUCGUAGUGGUGGACACCGAAAUCAGGGAUCAGCUGGAGGAAGAGCGCCGACGCAAUCACAUCCUGACCACAGAGCUGUCGGCCGCAAAACUGGCUCACUUCGUGACCAGCGAUAAGCUGUUGCAAACGAAAAAGAAAUACGACCAGCUGGUCGCUUUGACCGAAGGAACUGGCGGCCGUGGAGCGUUCUCCGUUCUGUCGGAUGCAGCAAAGAAAAGGCCCAUCCAGCAGCUGCCCAUGCAUCGCCUAUACAUGGAGAAGAACUUUGAGAUCACCCGCGACCCCGGCUGCCGCGUGAUGCACUUCUCCGGCAAACACUCGCUGCUGAUGGCCAGCCAGAAGAGUGGCCAGAGCCUGUUCCCCGGCUACGGAGUGCGCUUUAUCGAUCCCUUAAACUUCCAGCCGCUGCACUUCCUUUACACAACGGCCAUGCUGGUGCGGGAUAUCUCAUUCAGUGACUCGAAGCAGCUGCUGGCUGUGUCCAGUCGCGAGUCCAAGAUCAAGCUGUUCGAUGUACGCACCAAGCUGCACUCGUGCAUGGUCUCAGCAAUGGAUAAGACGCUCUGGGCCUGCGGCUUCGAUCGUAACGACCGGGAUAACUAUCUGUAUGGAGGCGAUCUCCGUGGCGGGGCCUACAUCUAUGAUCUGCGCUUUCCCGAUAGCAUUCUCGGCCAAUACCAGGCCACUGAGAACUUUAGUCCUGUGAUACACAUCGAGGCUGUGCCCCCGAACAAGACCUUUCCCUAUGGGGGAUUCCUCGUCUGCCAGCUUUCUGCGUUGUCCUUCUACGAGUAUGUUUCGGCCGGCGAAGUGGUCCAGGCCACGCGCCUCAAUGUCGACGGACCGUUCCUCUCAAUGCAGUACGACCAUGUGCAGGACACUCUGCUCAUUUCGGCCCGCAGCAAUCCGAGCUCCCCCAACUCUCGGUUCAUACUGGGGCAACUGGACAAGAUCGAAAACAUCCCGGUGUUCCGGGUGAGAGUCACCAUCUUUGGACCCCCAGCAACGCCCAUCAUGACACGACCCACUCAGCUGGGUGUCGAGGAUAACACCCUGAUCGUUGGCUAUCUGCAGAAUAACAGGCAGCUGAUGCUGCACGACGUCCGCCGGGAGGAGCGUGUCCAAACGAUGCCCGUCAAUGAGGUGAUCUACGACUUUUGUCCCGUGAGCAACAGCAUUGGCUCCUAUCUGGCCGCCUUGACCGACAAUAAGUGUCGCGUGUACAAGCUCAAUAGCACGGGAUAGAGAAGGAUGGAUAGAUGGAUGGAUAGAGAAGGGUGGAUUGAUGGAUCAUUUUCUGUGAAAAUGUAUCCUCCUUCAGUAAAUGUUUAAUUUUUUGUAUUUUUAGUUCUUAAUUCUUGCGUUUAUUAACACAUUUCUCAGAACAUAAAUCUAGAUGUAAUUCCAUGUAAUAUUUCACGCAUUUAGUCAUUCUUUUGAUUCUGGAUUUCAAUUGAUUUUCGGUUUACUUUUCUUUUCUUUAUUUGCGAAUGUGUGUGGCUUGUAGAUGUUCGUAUAAAAUGUUUUUUUUUUUUUUCCAUACGAUUAAUAUACAUAUAAAGCUAUAAAAAAAUUGUGUUAUUUUAUUCGUACGAGUAUUCAUUACAGAUAUAUGUAGACAUAUAUAUAGAUAUACAUAUAUCCUCCCAAAAAGGUUGAAGAAUGCAUGAAACGAUGAAAAUGAUGAUGCUUUCUGAAGAACAGUCUCUCGAAAAGGAAAAUGUUUACAACAGAAUUCCCUCCUUAAAUCGUUUUUUGUUUUGUUUUUUGUAUCGAAAACUAAAUCUAAAUGAGAUGGAAACCACAUCACAUCCCUCCCAUAGAGUCAUUGGUUAUUGGUUGUGGGUUUCCUUAUAAAGUUGGUAUCAAAAAAAGUGUUGUUCAUCGUUGGUCAUUUUGUUGUUGUUGUUGUUGUCGGAUCUUUCUGGCAUAAAUAUCGUAUCGUAUUGUAUUGUAUAUUCGAACAGUAGUAUAAUGUUUUCCGUAUUUCUAGAGUUAGUUCUUGAGUUGAAAGACGUGUAGAUCUAUACUUUUCAAGUAUAAUUUGAAUAUAUUUUGUGUAUGGUUUGUGUUGUGUUAUUUGUGUGUGUGGGUGUGUGUGUGUGUGGGUGUGUAAGAUCAGAGAAUACGUGUAUCGAUCGUCUCGUAUAUGGUAUAGUAUUAUAUGGUUAGAGAUAUAUAAGAUACUUAAAGAACUUCGUAACUUAAAUUGUAAGACAA